AUGUCUCUGCUACCAGAGCUACAUGCUAAGGCGAUUGAACUUGUUAAACUUUCGAUACAACCAAAGAAAGAUUUGAAUAAGGCUGUAAAUUUGUUGCAAGCCUUAUAUGAAUUGUGUGUUCGAAGAUUUCCAAAGGCAAAGAAGACCGCCACCCAGUUGGUUGAGGAAGGUCUGGCGCUAGAAGGUCCAACAACUGAUGGGGGACUGCUCUUUGAGACUGCUAUCGAGUUUCCUGAUGCCGGAGAUGAAGUCUUUACUAGGCAGCUCAGAAGGUUGUAUACAAUUCUUACUUCAAGAGACUCGAUGCAUAAUGUUCCAUUGAAUCUUGAGGCUCGACGGCGGAUUGCUUUCUUUAGCAAUUCGUUGUUUAUGAACAUGCCUCGUGCUCCCUAUGUUGAAAAGAUGAUGGCUUUCAGUGUUUUGACCCCAUAUUAUGAUGAGGAAGUUUUAUAUAGCAAAGAGUCUCUUCGAAAGGAAAAUGAGGAUGGUAUUACUACUUUGUUUUAUUUGCAGAAGAUAUAUGAAGAUGAAUGGAAUAAUUUUAUGGAAAGGAUGCGUAGAGAGGGCUUGAAAGAUGAGGAUGAUAUCUGGACAACAAAAGCUUGGGACCUCCGCCUUUGGGUAUCUUAUAGAGGUCAAACAUUGUCUCGCACAGUCAGGGGGAUGAUGUAUUAUUAUAGUGCCCUUAAGAUGCUCGCUUUUCUUGAUUCAGCAUCUGAGAUGGAUGUAAGAGAGGGAUCUGAGCAUAUUAUUUCAUAUGGUUCAACAUACGAAAACAGAAAUUCAAACACUCUAUCCUCCGAUGGGCACCCAUCUCUACGGAAAUUGAGAAGGGCAGAUAGCAGUGUGUCGCUGUUAUUCAAGGGACAUGAAUAUGGGAGUGCAAUGAUGAAGUUCUCAUAUGUUGUGGCAUGCCAGAUGUAUGGACGCCACAAGGCAGAGAGGAAUCCCCGAGCUGAUGAUAUACUGUAUUUGAUGAAAAAUAAUGAGGCCCUUCGAGUAGCAUAUGUUGACGAGGUUUCUUUUGGGAGGGAAGAGACUGAAUAUUACUCUGUUCUUGUGAAGUUUGAUCAGCAAUUGCAAAGUGAGGUUGAGAUUUAUCGGGUCAGAUUGCCUGGGCCUUUAAAACUUGGAGAAGGGAAACCUGAGAAUCAGAAUCACGCCAUGAUCUUUACGCGGGGUGAUGCAGUUCAGACAAUAGAUAUGAAUCAAGACCAUUAUUUUGAGGAGGCUCUCAAAAUGCGGAAUCUGCUGGAGGAGUUCAAUGCCUACCAUGGUAUCAAGAAGCCAACUAUUUUGGGGGUUCGAGAGAAUAUCUUCACAGGAUCUGUUUCGUCGCUUGCUUGGUUCAUGUCAGCCCAAGAAACAAGUUUUGUGACACUGGGCCAGCGAGUUCUGGCAAACCCUUUGAAAGUACGGAUGCACUAUGGUCAUCCGGAUGUGUUUGACAGGUUCUGGUUCUUGUGUCGUGGUGGAGUCAGCAAGGCUUCUAGAGUGAUCAAUAUCAGUGAAGAUAUUUUUGCUGGUUUCAAUUGUACAUUGCGAGGCGGCAAUGUGACACAUCAUGAAUACAUACAAGUAGGUAAAGGAAGAGACGUUGGCUUGAAUCAGAUAUCCAUGUUUGAGGCGAAGGUCGCAAGUGGCAAUGGUGAACAGGUUUUGAGCAGAGAUAUUUACCGGCUAGGUCAUAGAUUAGACUUCUUUCGCAUGCUUUCAGUGUUCUACACAACUGUAGGAUUUUACUUUAACUCCAUGGUAGUUGUACUGACAGUCUAUGCCUUUCUUUGGGGCCGCCUUUAUAUGGCCCUCAGUGGCAUUGAAAAGGAAGCCCAGAAAAAUGCUAGCAACAAUAAAGCCCUUGGUGCAAUCGUAAAUCAGCAGUUUAUAAUACAGCUUGGUCUUUUCACUGCACUCCCAAUGGUUGUUGAAAAUACUCUUGAGCACGGUUUCCUUCCGGCAGUAUGGGACUUCUUGACAAUGCAGUUGCAGCUUGCGUCAUUAUUCUACACAUUCUCUUUGGGAACUCGUACCCAUUUCUUUGGCCGGACUAUACUUCAUGGUGGUGCGAAGUACCGAGCCACUGGCCGCGGUUUUGUGGUGGAGCACAAGAGUUUUGCCGAGAACUAUCGAUUAUAUGCUAGAAGUCAUUUUGUUAAGGCUAUCGAACUUGGAAUUAUUUUAACUGUGUAUGCUUCUCAUAGUCCCUUGCCUAAGGGUACUUUUGUCUACAUAGCUAUGACAAUCUCAAGUUGGUUUCUUGUAGUUUCAUGGAUAAUGUCUCCUUUUGUCUUCAAUCCCUCUGGGUUUGAUUGGUUGAAGACUGUAUAUGACUUCGAAGACUUUGUGAAUUGGAUUUGGUAUCCGGGAGGGCCAUUCAGAAAGGCAGAAUUCAGCUGGGAAACAUGGUGGUAUGAGGAGCAAGAUCAUCUCAAAACAACCGGUAUAUGGGGAAAGCUGUUGGAAAUCAUUCUAGACCUUCGAUUUUUCUUCUUUCAGUAUGGCAUUGUUUAUCAGCUGGGUAUUGCAGAUAACAAUACUAGUAUAGCCGUGUACUUGCUGUCUUGGAUAUUCAUGGUUGCUGUUGUUGCAAUUUAUAUCAGUCUAGCAUAUGCACGGGAUAAAUAUGCUACAAAUGAGCACAUAUAUUAUCGACUAGUGCAGCUUCUUGUGACUAUGGUUACAGUUCUUGUAAUUGUCCUCUUACUGGAGUUCACUAGCUUCAGUUUUGUUGAUCUUUUAACAAGUUCGUUGGCAUUCAUUCCCACAGGAUGGGGGAUUAUUUUAAUAGCCCAGGUGCUUAGGCCUUUUCUACAGUCAACUUUAGUGUGGGAUACUGUGGUCUCCUUGGCACGACUCUAUGAUUUACUGUUUGGAAUUAUUGUUAUGGCCCCUAUGGCAGUUCUCUCAUGGUUACCUGGAUUUCAAUCAAUGCAAACUAGAAUUCUCUUCAAUGAAGCUUUCAGCAGGGGUCUCCAGAUAUCUCGAAUCGUUAGUGGCAAGAAAUCUGCUUAA